CUCGCUAAGCAGGGUGACCGACGAGGAUCUGCCUGCCCACUGUGCUCCUCGGCGAAGGCUAGCGAUUCUGUAGCCUACCUGUGCGGCACGAAGGCGCCAUGAGUCCCCCGAGGAGCCAGCGGGCCACACAGACGGCUGUUCUUCUGGCAGGCUUCCUCGUGAGUUGUGCUCUGCAGGUGGUAACAGCACAGCAAAGAUUUUUCGUGGUCCCCAGACCUCAGCAUCCUAAAUGGGGGCAGAAUGUGACCCUAUCCCUACAGGAAGACCAAGUCACUGGACAGAUUGUGGAGUGUUCCUGGAACCGAGCAUCUCGGCCUGGAAGCCCAGGCUUGAGUCUUAGCUACUCCAGGAAUAAGCCCCAGGACAGACUUGCUAACUCCAAGGACAAGCGGGUGACCCUGAAUGAGAAUUGUUCCUUGAAUAUCGCAAAGCUGAGAUUCUCAGACUCAGGAAACUAUUCUGUGACAUUCCAGACAGCUCCAGAGAGGCAGCAUACCCCAGACCAAGCCCAAGGAAACACUUACAUGAGAUUUUACAACUUAAGCAUCCCAGAUCCGCGUCUUGUCCCAGUCAUCGCCAAACCACAGUCUCCCAAGGAAGGUCAGGAGGUCACCCUGACCAUAGAAAGAGGCCCGAAGCAAGUCUUUUUGUGCGAAUGGUACAAAGGCACCUCUCCAGACACUGACAAAAUCUUCCAGAGCUACACCCGUGGGCAGAAGUUUCAGCAGAACCAGCAACGAGGCCGAGUGUCCGUGCAAGAGGACUGCUCCUUGGUCCUCCGAGAACUCACCACGUCAGAUGCCAGCAGCUACACUGUACGAAUUGAGGCUCCUUUGAAAGAUGAGCAAAAUCCAACGGAGACUGAUAACCUGGAGCACAGACUAAACGCUGAGGUGUACAGGGGCCAGGUGUCUUUGCAGGUUGUUUCAGAAUCCACCAAAAACAACGGACACAAAUCUGGAUCUGCCUCUUUAAGCUACAGUGCCGGAAUCCUCACUGCAGCCCUGCUGGGUUGUCUUGCCUGGACUGACCACCUGAUGAACAUCUUCUCCAUGCUUUCCUGCCCUUUCACCUGCCUGAGGUCCAGGCAACUGCCAUGAAUGCUGAACGCUUCGCCUUUGAAAAGUGGCUUGUUCUGGAGAGGAGAUGCUCACUGAAGCAGCCAUCCCGCCUGUUCUGCAGAUGCAGCACCAAGCAGCUUGUCAAGAAACACCCCGAAGGAGUGGCUGUCAAGUUUAUUUCAUUCUUGUUCAUAGAAUAAACAGUCUGCCAUGGUAGAAUGUGCAACCUACAACAAUCAGGAGCAUAGAGCAGAUACUGUUUGACGUGUGUGACGUAUUUUCCAAUAAUCGAUAUAUGUUGUCCAAUUUUAAACAAAAGUCUUGAUAUCUAAGCCUUUUGGGAAAAAAAAAAAAGCAUGCUUUGCUUCAUUAAUUACACUCUUUACCUACCUGA